AUGUCCACUCAAAACAUUACUCCCAAAACCCCUCUCAUUCCCUCCACCUCUCGAUCCGACACUACGCCAUCUCACCAACCCUCGAACUUCGCGAUAGGAACAGUCCAGGCCCUAGCCUGGCUGCGCGUUGUGGCUGGCGGCGCAGCUCUAGUUGCUCCCUGCUUCACUGCAAAACUCUUCUUCCUCCCAGGCGUCACACCUGGAUCACUUGCCAGCUACCAGCUCCGCCUAUUUGGGAUUCGCGACGCUAUGAUCGGUGAAUUACUCUACUCUGUUCGUCCAAAGUUCCCCUCCACUGCUUCCCCAGCGUCACAGACGGAGUCGGAUCGAGAGAGGGACCGAAAGGAAUUACGCAGAAUGCUGUGGGCGAAUUUUGCCACGGAUGCUUUGGAUAUUGUUGUAACGGGAGCUGCUCUCGCAACGGGGAUUAUUCCACGUUCACCUGCCUUUGCUUUGGGCGGCGGUGCUAUAGUUUUUCUAUUGAUGGAUUUGGUGGGACUGAAGGCGAUCUGA